GAAAGCUCAGACUUGGAUGAGAUUCCCCACGCAGUGACUGAGAAGAGUCAGUGCUGAGCCUCCAGUGUUCCUUUCACAGCCGCACCAAAGCUCGCCUGAGAUCCUGCAAAGCGAGGCUCGCUCUCUCCCGUCGCAGCUCGUUUCAGCUGAGCUCUUAUGGGCAUCUGCAGCAACCUGGUCGAGGCAGAACUGAAAGCAGCAGUGGGAGACCACACUUAAUCACCCCCAUUGGAUAUAUAGCAACCUCCAGGACGCAGGGAAUUGAAGAAAACCCUUCAGCUGGUUGCAGACCCUUGACUGAGCUUGUGUGUGUCCUGCUGACCAUCGGACACUUCAAAUUUGCGCCAGUACCCAUUAUAGCCAGCCUUAACUUCACCUCAGGAAUGGUUUUCUUCCUGCAGAAUACAAAUAGAAGGAUGCUCUGGAAACUGGCCUUAUCUGUUUUUCUGGUGGCAACCUUGGUUAAAGUAACGGACACCAGGAAAAACCGUCCUGCAGGAGCAAUUCCAUCUCCCUACAAAGACGGCACAAGCAACAACUCAGAGGGGAGGAAGCAUCUGAACAAAGAAGUCCUGGCCUCUAGCCAGGAGGCCCUGGUGGUCACAGAGAGGAAGUACUUGAAAAGUGACUGGUGCAAAACCCAGCCCUUGAGACAGACUGUCAGUGAGGAGGGCUGCAUAAGCCGUACCAUUAUAAACCGUUUCUGCUAUGGCCAGUGCAACUCCUUCUACAUCCCCCGGCAUGUGAAAAAGGAGGAGGAAUCCUUCCAGUCCUGUGCUUUCUGCAAGCCUCAGAAAGUCACCUCCUUCACGGUAGAGCUGGAGUGCCCUGAGCUGGAUCCGCCUUUCCGACUCAAGAAAAUCCAGAAAGUCAAACAGUGCAGGUGUAUGUCUGUGAACCUCAGCAACUCGGACAAACUGUGAAAGCAAGUAUCUGGCUCCUGCUGUUGUCUCUUCUCUUCCCUGAGCAGAUUCAUUGUCUGUCUGGUUUUCUUUCUUCAGGAUGCAUCUCUCUAGCAGGGAAGGCUCACUUGUCAGUUGCCUACUGGAAAUAAAGUUUGUCCUGAGUGACGUUAGGCACCUUUCCGUCCACCUCCACAUAUUUCUAAUAUAAUCAUAUUUCACUUGAAUCUUUAAGGGUGGAGCAGGCCCCUCUGAAUUUGGGAUUGAUCAUUGAGGUGACUGAUGGCUGAACCCAGCAGUAACAUUUUCAUUAUGUGGAAAAAGCCCUUCAGCCUUACACUCCGGUCUUUUAUGUGGGAAGAAAAUGUGUCUUUCUGCCUUUGCUAUCUCACUUGGUGUUUGGUCUGGAGCUGUUCACCUUCAGAUUUAAGCGACUGGUGCUGCCAGCUGCGAGGUGCAGUGAUGGGAUACAGCCCAGUGCUAAAAGGAAAUGAGAGGUUCUUUACUGAGCCUGAGUCUGCCAGCUUGAACUGUGGGAUUGAGAGAAUGGCCUUGCACUCCUUAUUGAAGAUGGAGAUAAGCACUGGGAGAGGACAUUGGGUCAGCAGCAGACAGAAGAUGGAUUCUUGUGCUGUUGCAAUUUGACUUUCUUGAACACGUGGUCUCUACAGCAAUGUUUAUUUUGUAACCUAGCUAUAGUAAAGUUGUUUAAAAUAUUAUUAGACCUUGCCAUGUAUAUUUUUCUUGUGGCAGAAUAUUCCGAAGAUUAGAUUAAAGUGUCUUAAGUAAAUAGACUUGAUUGCUAGGUCAGUCACCUGACUUGAAACUGACAGGUUUUGAAUGGGCUUUCAGCGUAUUUUUGCUUUGUUUGUUCCAAAAUCCAUCCAUUUAUUACUGUGUAUUUAUGCUUGCAUGGGGUGGGUUGGGGGAAGGGGGUAUUAAAACACUUGCGAGAGCUGUAUUUCAUUUAAGUUAUUAAAGCAUUGUAGCACAAAGGGUAGAUUGCAGUCAUUGUUGCUUUGAAUACAAAAGCUGCUUUACAUAUCGGUUUCUUCAGGUGGCUGGAGCGGUGUCUCCCAAUCCGUAAAUGGGAAUCAAAGGACUUUUGUGAUGUUGACGGACAAGCAGGCUUGGAGCAUGUGUCUCAGCUACAGAGCUGAGGAAGGAUUCUGUCCCAUCCCUUUACAAAUCGGGAGGGAAUAAGCUGUUGUAACUCCUGCAACACUGCUGCCCCGUUAUGCGUGUGAUACAGAGAUAUACUGAAUCUAUGUUGAUGGCUAUUUUACAGUCAUACAAAGUUACUCGUUCACCAGAACUUAGCAAGUUGGUAUAUCCAGUAUGUUCCAGUUCAGGUGUCUUAAGACCUGUUGCUUUUAAAGUCUUUUCUUUAAACACCGUACAUUAAUCAAAGAGCGCACCAACUAAAGCAAGAGACAGAUGUGUGAACUUGUUGCUUGUCUUACAGCAUAGCCGCUGCAAUAGUUCUGGGCUAAUGAAACCAGCCUGUGGAGCAUUUCUCUGGAACCUUCUUCAAGAAUGACCAGUCCAAAGGGUUAAAAGUGUUGCAAACUGUGGCCACCUAUGAGUUCAAUGGUACGGUGCUGGCAGGCAGGCUGCUCUAAGAGGCUUUGGGUACUGAUCUCUCCUAGCGCUCACCAAUCGGUUUACGGGGAUUGGCACGGGCAGGAUGGGAUUGGGUAGGUAUGUUAUCCCUGUUACACACACACACAUACACACACACACACACACACACACACACACAGCUACAUUGCAUAUAUUUUCUGCUCUGGUGUUACACAAUGUCAGAGCUGCCAUGAGAGACUCCGAGUCCAGGGCUUGCUUUAGAGGCUGUUUCUGCUACACUGUUGGACACACAACAACCACCCACUGAAUGGGCAAGACAGACUCCAGGUUAUUGGGAGUUUUUUGAUAGUGUAGAGGGGAGGGAGUUUGAAAUGCCCGUGAUCCAUUCAGGUUCUAGGAUUGAGUGUGCCCUUAGGGGAAGAGAUUGUAAAGCCCGGCCUCUGUGGCUGAGACUAGAUAGAAAUGCCCUGGGCCCACAAUUAUUAACUCCACAAUUAUUUAAGGAAAAAAUAGGCAAGAAUGUUUAUGGUAAGGGUACACCCAAGCAGGGAUCCUCAUCAACUUGCAAUAUGAAUAUGCUGCAGCAUAAAGCUCCUUCUUGGGAUAUUUUGUAUGUAAAAACUGAGCAGAGCUUGUAAUGGUUCAAACUGUAUUUAAUUCUUGUUUUAUAAAUGGAAACAAAAAAUGGAGAAAUGCUAUAAUUAUUUUAUAGGUGUACUAUUAAAUUAUAGAACAAAUAAAGAUACUCUAGGGUUAUAUGGAAUCCAGGUGCGUGGGUUUUU